CGAUGCUCUUGCAAGAUGCCGGUCAAGCUCAAGAACCGCUACAACCGUGACGAUGCCGGAGACUCGCGGGUGCCGCUGCACAACGAGGAAGCCUUCCAGCACGGGAUCCACUUCCAGGCCAAGUACAUUGGCAGUCUGGAUGUGCCAAGACCCAACAGCCGCGUGGAGAUAGUUGCCGCGAUGAGGAGGAUCCGGUAUGAAUUUAAGGCCAAGAACAUCAAAAAGAAGAAGGUCAACAUCAUCAUCUCGGUGGAUGGAGUGAAAGUGAUCUUGCGCAAGAAGCAGAAGAGAAAGGAGUGGGCCUGGGAUGAGGGCAAGACGGUGGUCAUCCACGACCCCGUUUACAGGAUCUUCUACGUCUCUCACGAUUCCCAGGACCUGAAGAUAUUCAGCUACAUCGCCAGGGAUGGUGCGAACAACUCUUUCCGGUGCAACGUCUUCAAAUCCAAGAAGAAGACGCAGGCCAUGCGGGUGGUUCGGACAGUGGGCCAGGCCUUCGAGGUCUGCCACAAGCUGAGCCUCCAGCAUGCCCUACAGAAUGCCGAUGGCCAGGCAGAUGGAGCCAGCAACAAUUCUGCGGAUGACCCCCUGGUGGAAGGUUUCCAGCUGGCUGGGGCAGCAAUGGGUGACGAAGAAAAUGUUCCCGAGGGGGUGUUUGCACCCGACUUUGGAGCCUGCGAGCUGCGCUUGGCCACACCCAGCCGAGGGGUCCCACAAUCUGGGAUGAUCCUGAAGGACAGGAGCAGUCAGGAAAAUGAGACCGGGUCGCUCCGCCCUUCCACCGCACAGCCGCUGGGCAGCCCUGCAAGCCCCAGCUCCCCCGCCUCAGUGACCCCGCUGGCCUCCCAGCAUUGCCUCCAGCUCCUCCAGCACCAACUCCUGCAGCAGCAGCAGCAGACGCAGGUGGCUGCGGCACAGGUGCAGCUCCUGAAAGACCAGCUGUCAGCCGAAACCACAGCCCGGGUUGAAGCUCAGGUCCGAGUCCGGCAGCUCUUGAUGACCAACCACGACCUCCUCCAGCACGUCUCCUUGCUAGUGAGGCAGCUCAAGGAACUAGAAAUCAAGGUGCACCUGCGACAUCCGGUUGACCGUUCCCUGCAGAACCUGAGUCUGGCUCAGUCACUCUCCCUCAACUUAAAGAACCACUACAGCCUUGACAUCAACCUGCCAUCCACCUCGACACCGGCCAGCGUCCUGGGCAGCCCUGUGGCACAGAUGGGCGGAUCUUGCGAGUCUUACCUGAAUCUGUCCAACCUGGAGAAGGGAAGCCAGCCGGCCCACUGGGCAGAGAGCGAGGAGCACCUGGCAGUCCUGGAGGGGCCAGACGGCCUCCGCAGCGUUGAGGGGUCUGAGGCCGCAGACUGUGGGGUGCUCGGAAGAUCCAGCCGGCAGAAGAGCAGCUACCUGGGCACUCCAGCACAGGAGGAGAGGUUGCAGCCCCUCAUCCCCAAGCUGAACCCGCCCCCUCCAACCCUGCGGAGGAGGUCAAGCAAAACCACCUCGCCCAGCCUGGAAGCAGAGAAGGACACCGGCUCCGGCACCAGCACCAGCACCAACUCUGGGCCCGGCCACAGCACCUCCACGCUCACCAGCAUCACCUUCUUCUCGCUGGCCAGCUUGGAGUCUGAGCCCAGGACGCUGGGAAGAGGUCACACUUGCGGCCGUGCCGAAAACCAGGCGGCCCUAAGCCAGGAGCGGGCUGGGGAGGGUGGACAGGCACCCCCAGCAAAAGGGACCUUGGGACGACCCGAGAAAGGCCCCGCUAGGGAUCUGGGUGGCAGCUUGUCUGUCCGGCGUCCUUUCUUCUCCUCAGCCGGCAAUGAAACCUGUUUGCGCAUCAGUCUCUCGGAGGACGAGCUGGACACACCCGGGGCCUGCGUUGCUCGUGCAUAAACCAUGCUCGCACUGGUUGCCAGGCACGGGUUGUGGGGUUAGAGGUGGCUUGUAGGGUGCUGUGGCGCCAGAGGGGAGUCUCUGAAAUGGCCACCAGUGGAGGCUGGCAGUUCCGUAAGAGCGAAAGUGGGGGACUUUGAGCCAGAAGCCACGUGGUCUCCAAAAGAAGAGAGCUGGGGGGAGGGGUCUACUGCCUUUGUCUCCCACACAAGCAGAGGUCCUCAGCAGACAUCAGGAAAUGACCAGAAGUCUUGACCUGGGAUGGAGGAACACCUAAGGACCUCGUGUCACCCAGGGUACAACCAGGCGCAAGGUCCUCAGUCUCGCGUGCCCCAGGGAAAGAGCUCAGCG